CUUAUUACAUUUUAAAUACAACAAAUAAAGAAUCUCUCUACUUAGUUUUGCCCCCCCCCACACACACACAGUUUUGAUGUAAUAUUGACAGAGUAGCUGCCUCACACAGAUAAAAGGUAGCUUGCUCGGGUGGUUCCUGAUUAAAAGACCAUGGCGUAUCCAGAGAUGGAUUCAAAUGAAGACGACAGCACAGGAAGAAAAUCAUCUCACCGUAACAAGAGAAGUAAAGGAUCUGUGUCCACGGUCAGAGUCGGAUCCAGAAGUGUUCCACUUUAUCCUCUGGUGAUCGUGUGUUUAGGAGUACUGAACACGAUUCUACUGUUAACGGCUGUUGUUAUUGGGAUUUGCUGUGGCAAAGUUGAUGAGGGGUCAGCUCCAGAACAAAUAACAGCAUCCACACUCAUCUUAGAGGUGAAGCAACUUCAGAUAAUUCAGAGUGGAGCUGUCCAGGCUCAAAAGGAGUCCGAGGAAGGACUAAGAAGAGAACGCAAGACCAACGAGCUACUUCAACAACAGAUAGAACAAAGCAAGACCCUCAGUGACGCCAUCCAGAGGCAGCUUGAGACACUAGAAGUGGAGAAAGCAACACUAGUAUCCUCAUCGUCUGAUAUCAGUCUAAACUGCGGACGAUGCCCCUCUAGAUGGUUUUAUUUAAAUGAAUCAUGCUACUUCCAUUCUCAAUCAGAAUACAAUGCCUUAAAGAACUGGGCAGACAGCAGAGAGGACUGUAUCCGCCGUGGGGGCGAUCUUGUUGUGAUUGAAGACUGGGCAGAGCAGGUAACUCUCUAUGAGCACCUACCAAAACGUACAAUCCAACAAGAGUGGUUGCUGUCGGGUCCGGGAAUUUGGAUUGGCUUUACUCGUGAAGCAGGGGACACUUGGAUGUGGGUGAAUAAUGCGACGCUGCUGGAUGAGGGGUUCUGGAUACAUGGGGAGCCAAACAACCAAGGACCACAUGGUGAGAGGUGUGGAGCCAUAAUGAACAUUAUCAACUAUAAAAAUUCGUGGUUUGACGGAUAUUGCCUAAGCAACAAGGAAUGGUUAUGUGAAAUGAGACCCAGCUAGCUGUGGAGUGCAUGAGGGAGGCUCGGACAAAUCAUCACGUGUGGAGAAAAGUUCACCUUCACAGCCGAAUGCUUUGUUUGUUUGUUUGUUUAUUAGCUCAUCAGUAUACAUUGAUCAUAAACAACAAAGAUUAGAACUUGUAAUGUGGCAUCACAGUUGUGAGAAAAUGUAGACACAAAGUCAAUGAUGGAUUCAGCAUUCAACUCCUUUGAUCUGAUCUUAAA